UCAUCAUAUGUAAAUACCGCCUAUUGUAGGAAAAACGAAACCUAAGGGUGGGCUAACUCGCAGCAUAGACUCUACAGCUCAACAAAUCCCCGUGUUUCCGUUCAGGGAUAUGGCUUUUUAUCAGCAGUCACCUUUUUACAACCCGAUAAUCCCCUUCACUGGGUCAAUCCAAGGUGGUCUGCAGGAGGGGAAGUCUAUCACUGUCAGUGGACGCGUCCUACCUGGGGCUGACAGGUUCCAUGUGAAUCUACAGCGUGGUUCCAGGGCCGGUGCGGACAUUGCUAUCCACAUUAACCCACGCUAUGAAAGUCAGCAUUAUGUGGUGACCAACAGUUUCCAGAAUGGGAGCUGGGGCAGUGAAGAGAGGAAGUACAACUCCCCAUUUCCUGCUGGGUCCUCUUUCACACUUGUCAUUGCUGUCGCCCGGGACUUCUAUCAGCUCAGCGUCAAUGGCUGCCACUUUAUGGAGUACAGACAUCGCCUGCCAUUUCACCAGGUUGACACCAUCUCAGUGGGUGGAAAAGUGGAAAUUUCUUCCAUUGCUUUUCAGAGCCCUGUGUCAGCUUUUCCUGCUCAGCCUGCGUUUGCUCCACAAGUAGGCUUUCAACCCCAGCCUGGAUUCCCUUCUUGUCCAGCAUUUCCACCACAACCUGGGUUCCCAGCACAGCCUGGAUUUCCAGCACAGCCUGGAUUUCCUCCUGCAACACCAGUGGUUCCAUACAGGUCUGCCAUCAGUGGUGGACUAAGACCUGGCAGGACCAUCACCAUCCAGGGAACUGUAUACCCAAGUGCCACAAGGUUCAAUGUGAAUCUUAGCCACCAGUCUGGCAUCGCUCUGCAUUACAACCCACGUUUCAAUGAGAAUGUUGUGGUUCGAAAUACCAAGCAGUGGGAUCAGUGGGGCUCCGAGGAGCGUGGUGGUGGCAUGCCCUUCCACCGGGGUCAGCCUUUCACGUUGACUAUAUGUUGUGAAGCUCAUUCCUUCCGAAUUGUGGCCAAUGGGAUGCAGACCCAUACCUACAAGUAUCGUUUCACUCCCCUGCAUGCCGUUACCUCCCUGGAGAUUGACGGUGACAUCAGCCUGACCUCUGUGAUUGUGUAGAGAUGCAGGACCCUGUUGCUGGUGGCAACAUUUUAAAACAUUUCCCUAACUAUAGCCACAGUAAUUAGCCAUUAAUUGGGAAAUUGUGCUAACUGCUUCAUUUAAUUAUGUAAUGUACAAGGUAUAAUCAACAUCUCUGCAUUCAUUUUAUAAUCGCCUCAUUCUAUAAUACUAUAUGCUCUAUAUUUCUGAAACAUAUUCACUCUUGAAAGAAACAACCAUUAUCGGUUAUCAGGGACGCCUAAUUUACACACAUACAUUCUGUCCAAUGAAGACAAAGAAAAACUACAACAAAAAGAGUAAACAUUCCAAGCAAAUGUAACACUGUCUAGUUGGAAGUUGGAUUUGUCACCAGUGUUGUAAACUUGACCCAUGUCCAAUCAUUUUCUUAGUUGAGUUUAAAAACUCUUUAUACAGUUAUUGGUCUGGUCCAAAGCUAAAAAACCACAUUCAUAGAUAAUUUCGAAUCACAAAUUAACCCUCGAUGGAUGAAUAACCGCUGCACCACUAAACUCAGGUGGUGCCUGAGUAUAACAUAGUUGAUUUUAUUCCCAUACUUUAUUUUCUUCUGAUCAUUCUGCGCUUAGAUCAUUACUAGCCAAUCUCUAUAAUAUUCCAUCCAUCCAUCCAUCCAUCCUCA